AUGUCUUGUGGUUUUUCAGAAACACAACACUGGUUUGACCAGAAGGCACCGGACUGGGGUUUUAAGUGGAUGUUUCCCCUUGGAAAACUUAAGGCCAAAAAAGGUGGGUUUCUGGUGAACGGAGAAGUCAAGAUUGUUGCGGAAAUAGAGGUUCUUGAAGUUAUUGGUAAAUUAGAUGUACCAGAGGAAGCAACGGAUCCUCUGAAAACGUUAAAGCGGAAUGAAGAUGGUGCAGUGUCUAGUACUUUGCUUGAGGAAACUCCAAAAGAUUUGGUCUGUAUCAAUGGGUUUCAAGUUCUUUCUUCACAGCUUGGACUCUACUAUGGCCUCUGUUUCGCCUGGGACAAAGGAAUUCGACGACUGGUGGCGGAAGUAGAUUCUGCAAUGGUGGUGGAUUUUGUUCAGACAGGGAUAUGUGAUACACAUCCAUUGUCAUUCCUGGUACACUUGUGCCAAAAGCUUUCUAUUGAAAGACUGGGAGCUUCGGACGUUUUGUCGGUGCUUCGAGAGGACGAGUGUGGAGUCUCGCAAGCACGGCGAGUCCGUGUGUAA